GUUUCGAUUGGCCAAUUGCUGGCCUUCGUCAGCGCGUUAGAGGACGAGUUACGUUCCAAAUCAGUGUGCAGUGCGUGUGAUGAGUCGCACCACAUCAGCUGUAUUUCUUACUGGAGAAGCAGUGGCGUACGGAGGUCUCAUUUUGUAUCAAUUAGCUGCCGACUCACAACACUGCAAAAUAGCUUAGUAUUAUUGAUAAUAAUAAUAAUAAUAAUAAUAAUAAUAAUAAUAAUAAUAAUAAUAAUAAUAAUAAUAAUAAUACAAAACAACAACCAUGCGGACGAGGUGCUAAAAUAAAUAACAGCUGUCGACGUGAAAUAAACUCAAGAAGGGUCUUCACAUUAUAUCACUGGCUGUAUUGUCAAACCACUGCUGCUUAGCUCCGACUUCUCCGACUUCAUCCUCUUCAGCCAGGUGUACACAGAGUACAGUUUUAAGCCAGUUUAGACUGACAGGAUGGAUUUCAAGCAGCUAGUUGAUAUUGGAGAGAAGUGGUGCACCGGUACCCCCUUCGAUCUGAUUGCUGCAGAGGAGAGCGACGAGAGACGGCUGGAUUUCUAUGCAGAACCCGGACUUUCAUUCUACGUGUUGUGCCCUGAUCUGAAUAAUGGUGCAGAUAAUUUUCACGUGUGGAGCGAGAGUGAGGACUGCCUGCCGUUUCUGCAGCUGGCUCAGGACUACAUCUCCUCCUGCGGCAAGAAGACCCUCCUCGAGAUACUGGACAAGGUCUUCAAAUCCUUUAGACCUCUGCUCGGGCUUCCCGAUGUAGAUGACGAUGCGUUUGAGGACUACCAAGCUGACAUGGAGGAGGAGGAGCCAGAGGCGGACCACCAACAGAUGGGCGUCAGCCAGCAGUAACGCAGCCGAGCCGAGUGGAAGGGGAGAGGUGGUGGAGAAGAGUAUCCCGUGAAGCUGUUCCCAGACCAACUGAUUCGAACACACCUCUGCAGGGAUUCGGUGGAGGAGAAUCGGGAGCAUUCCACACACCCUUUACUUUAAAUGUACAACAGUAAUGCUUCCAAGUAGUACGGUAUCGAUAAGCUUCAUUUUCCAGGAAUCCUGAAAGUUUUAGUUGUAUACAUGUAUUAUCAGAGUAACAAUUUGGCAGAUUUCUACUGAAACUGAACCUUAAAGUCUACUAUAACUGGUCGGCCCAAAUGUUUAGCAGCACUUUAAAAGACUAAUCCGUAUGUUCCCCGAAGACCAUUCUGAGCAAAUUUGUAGGAUGUUUACAAUGUGUGUAUACAUAGAGGACCCUCCAUGGAUGUUCAUGGGUUGCUGUAGUUGGGAUGGCUAUUUUACAGCCAUCCGCGCGAGUCGAAAAAACACGGCACUCUGCAAACUUUCAUGGAGUAUUCUGUUUAUAUUCUGUUACAAUAUAUAGAAAAGAAAGUAUGUUUAAACCUAAGUUAAGCAGGUUCAUUGUGAGAAUAAUUUUGCUUAGAUCAAGCUCAGCAAUGCGGCGUUGCAAUGUUGUGAUUCGUCCAGUUGUUCUGCCGUUGGAUUUGAUUUAAUGCAAGAUGGAUUCCAAAAUAUGAUCUGGUACAAAAAAAAAAUUCACUCCAGUGUUGAAAAGUAAAACGUUAUUCAAAGCUAGAACACAAAAAAGCAACAACAAAAAAGAGAGGGUUUUGCAGAACUUUUUAAAAAGUUAAUGUUGUAUAUCAAUUUAAUACCAAAUCAUCUGAUAGGUCAUUAUUUUGACAUUUUUUAAAUAAACAUCAUGCAAAUUUGCUCAGGGCAUCUCGGACAGAAACUAGACGAGGAUGUGUUUGCCACUUGCUCAUAGGUUAAUUUAAAUGUAGUAGUUACCUUCUAACAGAUAGUAUUCACUCUGUGUUGAGGUUUUUAAUCUUGUUUAAAGGUGCACUGUCAACCAGCUGAAACAUUGGUACUGCAGGUGAUUUUUGCUGGCUGCUUGUUUGUGUAUUGAUCAGAUUACAGCUAAAUCUUUGUUUUUAUUUUAAGCAUACUCCAGUAAAGCUGAGAAAGUUACCAAUUAACAGUGAUUUGGAACAUAAACUGUGGGAGUAUUUGAAGUACACAUAACCUUGAACAGGACAGUAACCCGAGAUGUAACCAACAACGUAGUACACAGUCUAAAGACCAGCGUACAAAGAGUUGUGUGUAGAAGUUGAUCUGUGUGUCUUUUGUAGUUAUGGUGAGGGAUUUGCUGUCUGUUACUAGCUUUAUCUUGCGUGAUAUAAUAUACUGUUACAAUCUUUUAAACAGAGUUAGCAAAAGACUGGAGACAAUUUCAUUUGAAAAUGUACACUAAAAGGUAAAAUCAUUUCUCGGUAGAGUUUAAAUUUUGUAAAACUGUUCAAGCUGGACACAUCAGAUGUAGCUCGCUACAUGCAGGAGUAAUUGCGUACACUGGGUAGGGGUUUGCAGAUACUUGUAGCCGUACUCGUAAUUGCCUUUAAGUAUUCACAGAUGUGAGGGAUGGGCAGCUUGUUCUGGUUUUUAAUCAACACCUUAACAAACUGAUUUAUUUAAUACCUGCAGAUAAAUACCUCUGAAAGGCAAUUCCGAGUAUCGGCACACCCCUAAUAUUGUCAUACUCUCAAUAGCUAUUUGUCACAAUGGAAAACAGAUGUCUCCAGAUACAUGUAAAAAUACAUGGUAAACAUCUGUAUGGACAGGCGUCUCUAAAGUUUUACCAGAUUCUGAUACUCCUAAGAACUUCAGAUGCUCUAAAAAAUUAAUUUUUGUUUUAGGUUUAGUCCAUUAAAAGGCAAGCACGUCAUUCACAGGGACACCCUGAUGUUCACAGGGAUAUUCGGACAGGUCAUUAUAAUGAAGAAAUGUGACCUACAGGUACCUCAACUUUACCCCUGAUGCUGUAGAAAUACACAUCACAUAGGAGAUGCUAAUUUUAAAUAGAAGUGUAGCUCUGAAUAAUGGAACGUUUUCUUCUUGGUAAUGCUAAAAGAUUUUUAAUUGUAGUACCCCAUUUUGCUUGGGGUGUGUAGUAAUUUAAAGUUUUUUAUGAAUGCAUUUAAGUAGGUUUUAAUUACACAUACAAAGCAGGAUAAAGAUACAACCACAUGGUCCUGGCUUUUUACCGUUAAUUGUGUAUUGAUGAACAAAACCUUCAAACUGUUGUAUUUCAGUGACAACAGGAUCUGUUUUCUAACUGUGGUGUUUCCUUUGUGAUGACAGGAUCUGUUCUUUCUAACUGUGGUGUUCUUCCAGGGAGUUGUUUGAGGCUUUCUCUGAUUCCCUGGUGGAGGGACAGGUUUUCAGUGCACCUUUAGGAAGAGAGUUCUUGUGUUGGAGUUCUGAUAUAACAUAAGUAACCACAAAUACAUGGCAUUUUUAAUUGGUAUUUUGCUAAAAGGCACUUGGAUAAACAUGCUAAGGUGCCUGACUUCUCUUGAUCAGCUUUAUUAUGCAAUUUAUUAAUGAACUGCAGUAGGGGUGUCAAUUUUAAACCAGUAUAGCCGUCAGUGUAAGUUACUAGUACAUUCAGUACAACUUUAAACUAAUAAUGCAGUACAUUACUCAUUUAUAGUGCUAUUACAGUACUUUUAAAGUUUUAGUACCCUUCUGUAUUGCUACAGUAAAUGAAGAGUUUUGUUUUAAGUGUGGUUCAAUUACGUCAUUUCUGAAUAUCAGUCUUAUUUUUCCAUCGCUUGCGUUGGUUCCCAGAUGAUGAUGUUUUGUGAAUUUGGCUAAAUCAUUAAGCUCUUUUAAGGGAGGUGGGGGGUAUUUUCAUAGCUUGGUAACAUGUGGAGCAAAUCUCUGUCAAUAAAGCAAAUCAAAUUUUGUUCAGCUUCUGUCAAGGUUCUGUUAUCAUACCAGGGAAGGGACGCCAACUGUGUUCUGUUGUCAUAAAAUGGAAGGGACGCCAAUUUUUUGAUCAAACAAAAGCUUUCAGCAAAGACAGAACAGUGCAACUGUGAAACAUUUUCAAAACAGCAAUUGCUGUAUUUUAUUUGCUUUGCUAGACUACCUAAUGUUACUUUGGCUAAUGUAGUCCAGGGUUAUUGUGAACCAGGAUCUGGCAAACCAGCUGAUUGGGAUUUCUAAAUUAGGUUCAUCUUGAAACAAAAACCUGUCAAGCACUUUAAAGAAGGAACAAACCUGUUUGUAUAAUUGUUUCUCUGAUAAUACUCAACCAGAACAAACUAGAACUAUGCUAAUCUGGCCUUAAUGAGCUAAACUUAAUGUACUCUGACUUCUUCAGCAGUGGGAACUUGACCUCUAACCUCUGCUUUAUGCAUAUUGAGCUGCAAGAGUAACCUUGCACAUCACGUUAUGUAAAUUUAAAGAAAUAAAUAACACUGUAGGUCUAAACUUAACUGUUGCUGGUAAGCUAGCUCAGUCGGAUGUCAUUUCAUCAGUUGUUCAUAGACUGCUCUCAUCAACAAGGCCUCAUGCAUCUAACUGAACUGUUCUGCAAGCAACAGCCUUAAGGUUCUCACAGAUCUGUGUCAUUAUAUGUUUUUACUGUUUUUUUAUUUUGUUGUUUGUUUUUAUAGUUUCUUUUUUUUUUUUUUUUUGCUUUACAGCACCUGACAACCAGCCCUGAGUGUAUACAUGUUCAUGUUUUUAAUAUUGAUCAAAGUACUGAGCAUGGACCUGCUUAUGGCUUUUAUGAACGUGAUUAGGGCUGUAGGGCUCAGAUUUGGGGAUUUCAUUUUUUAUAUCUGUUGUACAUGCUUUGCUUCUACAGAAUAUUUUUCUGCUUGGGAGGGCAUACUGUGCACUCCAGUCGUUAUCUCUUCUUUUGGAAGAAAAAAACAACUGUUCAUUUUUAUGAAAGGAGAAACAACUUGCUACUGAUCUACUAAACAAAGAACAUAUUUAUAAUUCAAAGCUUCUAUUUACCAAAGUAAAACUACAAUAAAGCAUAGUAAAAGCAUGGUAAAGCAUAGGUAAGCAUUAUAAAGCCCAAAGAGGUAUGCUAAAGCAUAUUAAAGUGAGCAAACCAUGAUAAGUGCAUGGUAUAACCAUGGAAAAAAUCCUGGGAAAACUGGUCAAUUAACCAUGGUAAACCUUUAAAGGGUCUAUUAACAUGUCAUUUUCUCCUUUAAAAAAAUAGAUGUUUGGUGUUGUUUUUCUCUGUCUUAGGACUAUGAAUGAGCAAAGUGUUUGAUAUAAUAAAAUGACACUAGCUGUGUCAACAACAAGCUGAACAUAUUACUGCAAACCUGUCAACCAGUCAGAGCGAACUUGAAUGUGAUGUUUCUUCAAAUGAAUUGGAUAUUCAAACUUCCUGGCAAGGUCUGUUCUCAUGGUAGCUUCAAAAACAGAGAAAAAACACCUUCAACCCUUUGCAGAGGCCCUGCCCCAAGCUACAGGAAUGGUUUAUGAUUAAGGGCAAUAUGGCGAGGGACUGAUUGUCUUCAUCAAUAGUUGCUGUAGGGUUUUAAAAACAUCCACAAAGCGCAUCUGAGCUUAAAGUUGAAUAUUGAUUGGUUUACAGACUGCUAGACAGGCCAAAAAGCUGAGUAAAGAUGUACUUUAUAACACAUGUUCGUAAUAUUUCAUUUAUUACCUGUUUAAUAUGCCAAUGUCUGUCUGCUAAAGUGUUUGUUAGAUGCAUGAUGAUAGUAACAUUGGGCCAAUCCACAUUUAAACUAUUUAGUACCCAUGGGGGCCCCAGAGUGGCGCAUCCAGUAAAGGCGCUCCACAUGGAGUGCAGGAUGUGCCCUAUAGUCUAGACGUCACGAGUUAGAGUCCAGGCUAUUCCUUUGCCGACCGAGGACGGGAGUUUCCAGGGGGCAGUGCUCAAUUGGCCGCGCGCCGCACUGCACACCAGCGACCCCUGUAGUCUGGCCGGGCGCCUGCGGGCUUGCCUGUAAGCUGCCCGAGAGCUGCGUUGUCCUCCGACGCUGUAGCUCUUGGGUGGCUUCAUGGUGAGUCCGCAGUGUGAAAAAAAGCGGUUGGCUGACGGUACAUGCUUCGGAGGACAGCGUGUUUUCAUCUUCGCCCUCCCAAGUCAGCACGGGUGGUAGCGGUGAGCUGAGCCUAAAAAUAAUUGGCCAUUUCAAAUUGGGGAGAAAAUAAUAAAAAAAUAAUUGGCAACUACUAAAUUAUUUUAAAAAAAUAAAAUAAAAAACUAUUUAGUACCCACAAGAUAACUGCCAGAAUGGAGAGAAUGAAAGGGUAGACCUGUCUUACUACCAUCCACACCAAUGCGGCUUAUUAAUCCUAAUAUCCACUAUCCGAGUAACUAGACUGAGACCAUCAGUUCUCAUUUCUCAUUACAUGUAGAUCCAUCAAAUGGAAAUAAGUCACAAGAGAGAGAGAUCAGGGCUGUCCAGAGGAUAGCUCUUACUGACAAAUAUUGACCGCUCUGUGCUUCAAGGAGUGUGGUGUAUACAGUUACCUGUAAAAAUGGGUUGAUCUUCCAUUCAAAAUCCAUCAUUCGUCAUCUUCAUACCAGUUUCCUGACAUCUACAGACUGUGCUUUGAGAAGGCAGGGAACUUUUUUGAUGUUUCAACUCGCUGGACAUUCAGUCAUGCUGCCUGCCUCAGCUGGAAUUAAUUAACUGUUUACUGUACAUGAGACGCUGCUUACCGCAGUGCUCAGCAAACAAAGGCAGGAUUACUUCCUAAACCAGGCAGAGCCCCAGCCUAGGGAAUUGUACACAGUGAUUUGAGUAGCUCAGCGGUAAGAGCACAAACAUGGUAACUGCCAUGUAGAAAACCAUUUAUGUUGCAUUGGUAUAAAAUAUAUUUAUGACAUACUGUGUAAGGGAUGGCAGAUAUGUGGGGUAUAGGGGCAGUAAUGCUCACACAUCAAGUUUCACCAGGUGCUAUAAGUCUGGAGCUUUUCUUGAAGACACUAGCAAGCCUUUUAAAAUAGUCCCUUCGUCUGGGUAACCUAAACUGCUCAAUCAUUUCCAACCCCAGUAAGUGAGCAUCUCAGACCUAAUAUUCUAGUUAGGGAACCCCUGUUUGGCCUGACCCAUCCCUAGCCCUUAUAUUGUAUAUAUAGAUUUUACAGAAAUGCAACAUACUAUACAUGGUUUUCCACCUGCCAGCUGCCAAUCUUCAGUUUUACCUCUGCUUGUAAAAAUGAUAUUCGAAUAGUUCUACACUUUGAUAGGGGAUCUAUUUUUAGAUUAUUUUUGGAAGUUGCUGCUCAUGGCCAUCCAGUCUAGAAAACUGUAAUGCUGGGGAUAAAAGUUUGAAUACCCCUGUCAUGUAGUAUUCCUUUUGGUAGAACUAUAGUAUGUUGCAAUAUUAUCUUCCUAUGGGAUGCUUUACUUUUCAACCAGAGGGACUUCUGUGAAAUAUCUGUAGGUCCAUCCUGUGCAAAUAGCCUGAAACAGAUCUAUACGCUCUCAUUUGUGUCCAUUGUGUCUCUGCACUGGAAUGCCUGGGUCCUCCAUGCUGACAUGAAGGCUGCUGUCUCAGCACUGGCAGCAUUCAACUCAGGAUGAAAUGUACAGCGUGGGCAAAAUGAACAAGCUGGAACAAGCCAGUAGAGAGCCUCCUCUUCAUGGGCUGCCUUUGAGUUCUUAUGAUAAAAAGAUCCAGACACUUUAUUAAGAAGGAAGCCACACCCUCGCCAUUAAUCUUGCAGGUGUUUUGUUUUUUUUAGUUUUUGUUUUUAAUGAAUUUAUUUUAUAAAUAUUUUCUUUUACCAGUAUAAUGCCUGACCUAAGGGGACUAUUUUAAUCAUAUAAUCCUAUUAUGCUUAAUAAAAAAGCAAGUUAUGCAAUGUAACCAUAAUGUGUAACAGGUGUAUCACGUAGCGGUAUAUCAAGUGAUGUUUUAAUAAAUCACAUAAUUGAUGCAGUUCCAGUUUGAACCAGCAGAGGGUAGUGGUAAAUAGCUCAAAAAGUAUUGCCAACACCCAUGAACAAAUAAAUAUUGAUAACACAAACAUUGCUUUUGUUUGUUUGUUUUUAAGACUUGGGCCCUUAAAAACAGUUGCAACAACAACAACAAAGUAUUUGUAGACAUAAUAUUGGCUACAGAUAGUUGCUUAACAACACAAUCCUGAGUUGUGUUGACAUAUUUACUUUCUGAUUACUGAUUACCAAGUUUGCGACUUGUCUAAACGUUUACCUGACCAGAAAUCAUUGAUGGGUGAAAUGGAGUUAACGAUUUAAUUCCUGCAUUCCUACCUGGAGUUAUGCUUCUUUGAAACACAA